CUCGUUGCCUAUAAAGAGCUCGUCGUGGGUGUCCAGAAGCACAUUCUUCCUCCUUUCUUGUCUACCUCACUUGCUUGUUGUCGCCAAUUGGGCAUCGUACCUCUCGCAAAUUUCCCCUUCACUUGUAUUUUGUUUGUUUACUCUUUCGCAUACUACAUCGACCAAUGUUCAGGCAAUACUCCAACUUCAUAUCCCACAAGAGGAGAAGAAGCAAGAGUACUAUCCAAGUCUUGACUACCCCGUCGGAACCGGCCUCAGACGUACCAACAGCGAACGAGCCAAUUGAGAUAUGGAAUCACUCGCAACCUUUAGAUGCUGCGACACAACAACAGAAUGAUUGCUUUACCUCUCUGACGGCCCGAAUCCACAAAUAUGAUCAUGUGGCCCAAAGAGGCAGCGAUCGCUUCUUGGAAGACUUGACUGCCACCCUCGGUAGCGAAGAGGCCAAGUCGAAGACCAGCUACCUCACCUCCCCGGUGGGAAACUAUGCAAGCUUCUUGUACCCGGAAUGUAUCCCCGAACGGCUGGAGGUUGUCGCCUAUUUGACUGAGCUCGGGAACUUCCACGAUGACCAAGCCGAAAGCAAAGAAAGUGCACCUGCGGCAGACAAGCCAGAGGAACUGGUUGAGUCGCCUCGAGCGGAAGCUAGGAAAAAGCUCUUGGAGAAAGUCACGGGCGAACUGACUGAUAAGGAUGGGCUGGAGAUCAUCGACUGCUACCGCAGUAACUGGCUUGUCACUCCGGAAGUCCCCACAGCAGAGAACUGCGCCCAUCUUGACGACUACGUGGCUCGUCGCCGUCUUAAUGCAGGAAUUGAUGUGUACUGGACCCUGAUGGGAUUUGCCCACGGUACCCGGAUUGGAAAGGAGGAUCAGGCAAUCGCGAGAGAUGCGCUGGACGCAGCUGAGCGAACCAUGUUCUUCACCAAUGACUACUAUAGCUGGCCGAAAGAAAAGCGCGAGGUCAAGAAGAGACGGGUUGCGAACGUGAUCUUGUUCCUCAUGCAGCACCAGAACAUGUCCGAGGACGAUGCACGUGCGAAGGCCAAGGAGCUCAUUCUUGAAAACGAAAAGGAGUUCGUCAAGAGACGUGAGGCGCUGUACCAGGCCCACCCAGACUUAGCGCCCAAACUGCGCAAAUGGAUGGAGGUUCUGGAAGCUGCCCUUGGAGGUAUCCAUUACUGGAGUACUAAUGCACCACGGUAUGCGGUUCCCGAAACUCCCGAAGAGGAAAGCGAGGAAGAAUCUGAGGAGAGUUCAAGCAACGAGGAUGACUCCAAUGAUGAUGAGGAGGAGGAGGAGGACGAAGAGGACGAAGAGGAGGAGGUGCAUGCGAAUGGCACUGCCUACGUAGAGGGUGGCGAUGAGCCCAAGGAAGUACCAGUGUGGACCCCUCUCCUCAACGGGGAAGAACACCCCGCUGUGCACCUUGAUGCCACACCCUUGCUGGCACCAACAAACUACAUUGGGUCCAUCUCUGCUAACGAGGCUCAAUUGGAGCUGGUUUCGGCACUCAAUGUCUGGCUUCAAGUCCCCAAUCGGCCAUUGACCUUCAUCAAGCAGGUCGUCAAUGACCUGCACGACAGCUCUGAGAUCCUAGCCAACGUCCAGGAUCAGUCCCCUCUCCAGCGCCAAAAGACGGCAGCCCACCUGGUCUUUGGUCCCGCCCAGUCCAUCAACAGUGCUGCAUACAUGUUCGUCCGCGUCGCCAAAACUGUCAAUGGGUUGAACUGCCCUGGAAUGCUCGACGGCCUUCUGGAAGAGCUCGAAACACAUUUUAUUGGACAGUCUUGGGAUCUGAACUGGCGCUUCUCUCUGCAGUGCCCGACCGAACAGGAGUACUUGGACAUGGUCGAUAAGAAGAGCGGAUCUAUCUUCCGGAUGUUGGUGCGUCUCAUGCAGUCCGCCAGCAUGGAAGGCUCAACCCUAGACUUCGAGCUUCUCUCACAGUUGUUCGGGCGGUGGUACCAGAUCCGCAACGAGUAUCUGGGACUGCUUACGGGCAACAACCAAAGAGGCUUUGGUGAAGACUUGGAUCAGGGCAAGGUCUCGUAUGCAGUCGUCAGGUGCUGCAACGUCGACCCUACCGCCAAGACCAUCAUCUUGGGCAUUUUCAGACAAAAGCCCGAGGGUGCCUCGUUGUCCACUGAAAGCAAGAUCCAGAUCCUGGAGCUUUUACACAAGAGCGGCGCCCUACAAGCGACUUAUGAUCUAGUCCGGCAGCUGGGCCGGGAUAUUAUGAAGACCGUGAGCGAGCUCGAAGCCGCCGCGGGAGAGAUCAACCCCGGGCUCAAGGCCCUUGUGAAGACGCUGGGUGAUAUUCCGGCUCCCACUCAGGAGUGAGACUCCGUUUCUCGAUGAUACAUGAUACUUUUCAAACCCUUUAUCCUACCUGCUCGACUUAUUAUUCCCUUAUAUUUUUCUGUGAUGAUUAAUGUCUGACGCUCAU